AUGAAUAUGGCACUACCACCACACUGGUCCGCGCGAGCCCAGGUUUCGUUACACCUGAUACAGACUAACUUGUUCGUUGGUUCAUAUUUAUCACAACAGAGAUUUUUUCGGAUACAGAUUUUUCGGAUUCGAUUCCCGAUUUUUUCCGGCUCUUCUGGAAACCACGUUAACCUGCUUUCUUAUUUGAAAACGAGCAGCCAAGAUGUUGGGCGUGUUUACUGUGCUGGUCAUAUCCAUGUGUUACCCGGUUGACUCCGUGUUUCAGCAACUUUCCUGCACCAUAUUGCAGAGCUGCGAAUGUGACUUCAAGCCCAAUGUCAGUGGCUUUGAAUGGGACCUCUACAAGUACGUCUUCGGCCAACAUCUGGUUCAGGACAUCCUGUCAGAGGAGGUGGUGAAGUUCCUACAGAAUGAGAGCCCCGACCGACCCCUGGUGUUGUCCUUCCACGGAUCCUCCGGUACGGGAAAGACGCUGGUCAGCUCCAUGCUGGAAAAACACCUGUACGGUUCCGCUAUGAGCAGUCCGUAUGUGCAUCAGUUCAUCCCAACGCUGCACUUCCCUUCACCCCAGGAGGUAAAGUGGUACAGGACGGAGUUGAAGAGCUGGGUACAGGGAAACUUGACGGACUGCCCUCACUCCAUCUUCAUUUUUGAUGAGAUGGAGAAGAUGCCUGCUGGCCUCGUCGAUGUGCUAGAGCCCUUAUUGGGUCCUUCCCACGUCGAGUUUCGCAAGGCCAUUUAUAUUUUCAUCAGCACCACAGGAGAGGAGGUGAUAAACAAAGUGGCUCUGGAGAACCGACAGGCUGGACGAGAGAGAGAAGAUAUUAAGUCGGCCGACCUACAGGAAGCCAUCGCACUGGCUGUUUACAACAGCAGCACAAGCGGGUUUUUCCGGUCCAGUAUCAUCCAGAAGAAACUCAUCACUCGCUUCGUUCCCUUCCUGCCACUGAGCCGGUGCCAUGUUGAGCGCUGUGUUCACUCACAGCUCUGUCAGAGGGGCAACUGCAACCGCAGUGACGUGGUGGAGGCAGCAGGGGGCGACAUGACCUACACUCCUGAACAGGGACAGUACUUCUCCAAAACUGGCUGCAAGACCGUCCCAGCCAAAAUCAGCAAAUUCCUGUGACCUGACGGGGGAACGGUGGUUGAUUUUGUCACUUUCAGCACCACAAACGGAGACAAAAUGGAAUAAAUAAAUACAUCAUUAAUUAAUGGAAUACAUGUCAUUCAUUCAUUAACAUUGUAAUUCAUGUAAUAAAAUUGGA